CAAGUAAUACGGACUCCUGUAGUUCUCACAAGGCCGAGCCGAAGGACCCCACCGUUCUCUUUCUGCUCUUACCCGCCAUCUUGCAAGUUACCGGGUAACCAAGCACCAUGACGAACACAAGAGGCAAGAGGAGGGGAACUAGGUACAUGUUUGCCAAGCCCUUCCGUAAACAUGGCCCAAUCCCUCUGUCCGUUUACAUGCGCAUCUACAAGAAAGGAGAUAUUGUUGAUAUCAAGGGUACAGGAACCAUUCAGAAAGGCAUGCCUCAUAAGUGCUACCAUGGGAAAACAGGACGUGUUUACAAUGUCACACAGCAUGCUGUAGGCAUCAUCGUCAACAAGCAGGUCAAGGGCAAGAUCCUGGCAAAGAGAAUUAAUGUGCGCAUCGAGCAUGUGAAGCACUCCAAGAGCAGAGACAGCUUCCUGCAGCGCGUCAAGGAGAACGAGAAAAGGAAGAUGGAGGCCAAGCAGGCCAACACCUGGGUGGAGCUGAAGCGCCAGCCUGCUGCCCCUCGUCCAGCCCACUUUGUCAGCACCAAGAACAACGUGCCCCAGCUGCUGGAGCCCAUCCCAUACGAGUUCAUGGCAUAAAUCUGCUGACCAAAUAAAAUUGUUUAUACCAUCA